UCGGCGGCGGCUCCCGGCGCGCCGGUGGACGCUGGAAGCCAAGAUGGCGGCGGAGCUGGUGGAAGCGAAAAACAUGGUGAUGAGUUUCAGAGUCUCAGAUCUUCAGAUGUUACUGGGUUUUGUUGGCCGGAGUAAGAGUGGACUUAAACACGAGCUGGUCACUAGAGCGUUGCAGCUGGUCCAGUUUGAUUGUAGCCCUGAAGUUUUCAAGAAAAUUAAAGAGCUCUAUGAGACUCGCUAUGCCAAGAAGAACUCUGAACCGGGGCAGCCACAGCAGCACCGACCUCCAGAGGCGCUCUCCAUACAUUCUUCCUAUGACCGUGGGAACACUGUUGCUAGGACUUCUCUUUCCACGCCUAACAUUGACUAUCCUGCACUCUAUGGGAAAUACCUUAACGGACUGGGGAGAUUACCACCCAAAGUUGUAAAGCCUGAAGUUCGGCUGGUGAAACUUCCCUUCUAUACCACCUUGGAUGAACUGCUGAAGCCAACAGAGCUAGUCCCACAGAAUAACGAGAAGCUUCAGGAGAGUCCGUGCAUUUUUGCACUGACGCCAAGACAAGUGGAGCUGAUCAGAAAUUCCAGGGAGUUGCAAGCUGGUGUGAAAUCUGUUCAGGUUGUGCUAAGAAUCUGCUACACGGACACUAGUUCCCCGCAGGAGGAUCAGUACCCUCCAAACAUCGCAGUAAAAGUGAAUCAUAGUUACUGCUCAGUGCCGGGCUACUACCCAUCUAACAAGCCUGGAGUGGAGCCUAAAAGGCCCUGUCGUCCCAUUAACCUCACACAUCUCAUGUACCUGUCAGCAGCGACCAAUCGAAUCACAGUUACGUGGGGGAAUUAUGGAAAGAGUUAUUCAGUGGGCCUAUAUUUAGUGCGGCAAAUGACCUCAGCGGAAUUGCUGCAGAGGUUGAAAACCAUUGGAAUUAAACAUCCAGAGCUCUGCAAGGCACUCGUAAAGGAGAAAUUACGUUUGGAUCCAGACAGUGAAAUUGCUACUACAGGUGUUCGAGUCUCGCUCAUCUGCCCGCUGGUGAAGAUGCGCCUGUCUGUCCCAUGCCGGGCUGAGACCUGUGCACACCUACAGUGCUUCGAUGCAGUCUUCUACCUCCAGAUGAAUGAGAAGAAGCCAACUUGGAUGUGUCCUGUGUGUGACAAACCAGCACCCUAUGACCAGCUAAUAAUUGAUGGGCUGCUAUCAAAAAUAUUGACUGAAUGCGAGGAUGCAGAUGAAAUUGAAUACCUGGUAGAUGGAUCCUGGUGUCCAAUCAAAGCUGAGAAAGAGAGAAGCUGCAGCCCUCAGUGUCCAAUAUUGGUACUAGGUUCUUCCGAUGUCAACGGGCUGUUGCCGACUCCCAAUGGUAAUGGAGAGAACGGCAAGGUCACCGCCGACGUUGUGGAUUUAACACUGGACAGUUCAUCAUCCGAGGAAGAGGAGGAGGAAGAUGAUGAAGAAGACGACGACGACGAUGAUGGACCCCAACCAAAACGACGCUGCUCUUACGAGAAAGGUUUAGUUUCUGCCUGCUGACUGCGGAAGUAGCUCUGAAUCUCAGAAUGGACAGACUUGAAUACUCUGGUGCUUACUAAACUGGAGGGGAGGGGAAUUUCUCCUUCGCCUCACUUCCCUUCCUCCCUGGUCUCCUUUUGACGUUCCUAUUCCAAGUUAACCAUUAAAACGAAAAAUAAAACCAUUGAGCUGCUUCUUGGUUGGAAAACUGCCCCACUAAACAGCCUGACCCGAGCUCUGCCAGCUCAACCUGACCCGGAGUUCGAAGUAAGGAAAGUGUCUUAAGCCAGGCAGCCAGGAUCCAGAGCUAACUGACCUUGGGUGCCAUUCAGCAUUAGUGUGAAUCGCUGGAGUUCCCCUGAAAACCUACAGGAUGGCUAACUCCAGUGCAUCUCCAAAGCUGUGUGCAUUUUUAUUGUCUUGUUAAAUAAUCAUUCCUGAUUAUCUAAAGUUUUGCUGGACAUGUGAAUGGGUGGGUUAGGGUGGGAAAGAGAGGGACUUGGGCUGGGGGCGGGGGGGGAGGUUUAUAUAUCCCAGCAAGGUUAGAGGGUUUUUUAAGGGUAGGGGAAGGAAUGAAAGGAAAGACUUAAGAUUGGAAUCGCACUGUUCUUGCUAGGAGCCCCAGCAGCUCUGCACCUCAUGUAAAGAGACACAUUGUGAAUCCUUUUAAUCUACUCUGAAGAUGAUGUAGAAAUUGUGCGUAGUUAAUCAUUUUAGUUGAGCAGAAGCCAUGGGGAGGGCAAGGAGGGCUUGAACCACAAAUCUGUUGUAUUUAUGAAGUGCAAUAACUUGGUGUUUUUGAAGAUGCAAAGGGCUGUGCAUUCCCUUUUGUAAAGAAAGCUUUGUCUCCGGAAUCGGUGCCAGGGGCCUGCAGGGACACGGGGCAUUGUGUAGGCGUGAGGUGGGGUGGAGGGGAUGUAUGGCCUUCAAGAAAAUGCCAGGUGGGGAAAUCUCAGUUUCUAGCCAACUACCUCGGUAACUCCAAUUCAGGUUUAUUUCAGUCAUGAAACAGUGCGAAGCCCAUCACUGGUACUGCUGACCAAUUUAAUGUCAUUGUGUUUGGAGACUUAGCCAAGGGCUAAGUGGAGCACGGCGACCACGUAUUAAUGGCCUCUGGACUUUUCCACGUCUGUUAAGGCUUUGGUCCCAGACCCAAAGCCACUGCUAAGCUCUUAAUGGCAAAACAUUGUUGCUUUUGAGUUUCCAAAUGGUAACCUUUUCCUUUGUCUUGUAAAGAUUUUUUUGGUAACUAAAUUGCCUACGCAGCUCUGCCUGUCCCUAGUUAAAAGCCUCUGAAGUCUGCUUCUCUUUGGACCUUGCUGACUUUCUCGUCUGUGGAUGAGAAUAAACUUUAAAAGGAAGUUGGCAUGUUGACUUUGCCCCUUGAGCAUAUACAAGGGAAGCGUGGAACUCAAAGUAACUGCCCUUAGUAAUGCAAUGGACCACCCCACCAGCUGAGCAGAGAUGCUCCAACCAAGGCCAUGCGUGUAGCUUCCAGUCGUGCUGUAUAGAGACUUCCCAGCUACUGGCAAAGGACAUUCUCUCAUUUUCAGCCCUGCCACCCCUUCUGCUUACACCGUACUCUCUAACCAUUGGUGAAAGUACAGACACAUGGGCAGUGUGGACUCUAUUUCAUGUCCUAUAAUUACCUCUUCCCCUAAAGCUUGGGCCUGGAGGAAAGGAGGCAGCUAUGUUAAACCACAGAACCAAAGUGAUGGUGCUUUCCAAAGCACUUCUGAUGCAUUUAAGAAAAAGUGAUGCAUUUAAAAUACCCCAUCAACUUAAAAGCCAUCAAGUUCCACUAGAACUCUUUUUAAAUACCCUUUUAAGGACCUACUCUAAAGCCUGUAGGAAGAGAGCAGAAUUUUAUCCCAUAGAUGCUAUUGAGCAGAAAGCUAGACCCUGGCUUUCGGAGUCUUUCCUCUCCAAAUCCUCACUGAGACUUGUUGCAUGAUGUCCGAAUAGAACUUUCUCCAGUGAGGCAUGCUGUCCCUCAGAUUAAGCUGCUUCAAGAAAUCCCGGGCCCGGUGGUGGUGGGUUAUCGUGCUCUGAGUCCUCUGAUGAGAGCGAGAGCUGAUCACCUAGGACCGCAUGGGCAUGUUUGAAGGGAAAGGUCCUUCCUGCAAAUCUGUAUUUGGCCCAGCAAACGGAAGUGGAGGCAGGUGGAAAAUGUUUCUGCCUUUCCCCCCUCCCACCCCCCUAAAUGAACACUUGCAAAGCUGACUGUGGCAGGGGCACAUCAGGCUGAGGGGGUGGCGGGGGGGAUUGUCAAGAAGCCUCUCUCACAUUUCCUCAGCAGCAGCACCAGCCUGUGAAAACAUGGCGAAGGAAUUACCCAGCCUUCCCCCUGCCCCCUAAGAGCAAUUGAGGGGAUGAGGGACAGGAGGGAAAGAGGCAACCCUGGAAUCUCAUUCACUCUUCCGCCAUUUUAGUUCCUUUCCCACAGAAAAACCUUUAUUUGUAUGGAAGACUUUUUUUAUUUUAUUUUAUUUUUGCAAAUAAGCAAUAUGUUUUCAGGUUGAAACAAAUAAAUAGAUAAAAAUAACUUGGUAGAGCUCAAAUUGUUUUACUUUAUAAAGUUUUGCGGCUUGCAUCCCCAGCCACCCGGUAGUGUUAAGAGUCCAGUUUUUUUUCUAAUAUUUGUAUCCUAAUUUAAUUGUUUUUAAAUUUUCCAGGCCAAGCCACUGUUUGGAGACGACAUGCUUCUGUUACUCCUUUCUUUUUGAGUUGGCCAGCUCCUCCUGUACAUGUUUUUCUUAUAUCCUGUUUUUUCUUUUUUGUAAAGAAGAGGAAAAAAACAAGAAUUAUUUUUCUUUCCCUCAGUACACAUUCUUCAAUGUUCAGAAUUCUAGUGUUUUGUUAAAUAAAAAGAAAGAUUUACAUUUAA